AUGAAAUCACCAAGUUUCGAAGUUUUACCGGGACUUUACAGUCCUCUUCCUACAGCGAGUUCUAUCCGCCUCCUCGAAAUACACCCACGAGUCGAGCCCGACGAUGCAGUACUAUCUUGUACAUUGCGCGUGGAAAGUCUCGAAGACCAGAAGUUGAACUAUCACGCGCUUUCCUAUACUUGGGGCGACCCUUUGUUUCGAAACUGGUGGGAUGGAGAAGGUUCCGAGCGCUGGAGCAACAAUGUGCCAAUUGUAUGCAAUGGCAUAAAAGUCAUGGUGACCUACAAUUUGAUGACUGCAUUGAAAACAAUAUCGCAAUGUAGUCGUACGAGAUUUGGAUCACACACUGGCUAUCCACGAUUGUGGGUAGACUUCCUUUCGAUAAACCAAUCUGAUACCAGAGAGCGAAGCUCGCAAGUCAAUAUGAUGGCCAGAAUAUAUGGAAAGGCAUCUCUUGUCAUCUCAUGGCUUGGACCUGCGGACGAUGCUAGCGAAUUGGCAAUUCCGUUGAUAGAGCGUCUAAAAAAUCUGGAAUGUGUUCAAAAUAUUAACAACGACUACUCUGCUGCGCCACAGUAUUCAAUAACCUUGAACCGACGUCACUGGGUGAACACGGAUUUCACAGAAACGAAUCCUGAUGACAUCUCUACCGAACGUCUGGGCGAAGCGGAUGCGAGAGAAAUUGUUGCGAUUGGAAGCCGGCAUUAUCAGAGUUUGGUCCGUUUCCUCGCGCGGCGAUACUUCUUCCGUUGCUGGGUGCUUCAAGAACUGAUGCUAGGGAAAGAGUUGUGCAUGCUCUGUGGCACUCAAGAGGUUCAACUUUCCGACCUGCACAAAGUGGCAGUUUUCGUCUCUUCGGUCAGGAAAUUGCGUCCGGAUGGUUCUGUUGGACAAGCUCUGUCUCUUCCUAUGAAAGGUCCACGUGGUUUCGAGCACGAGAGAGCGAUUAUUGAACUGUGGCAGCACCGCCAGCAGCUCAUGAAAAGACCGCAGUCACUUUCACCAAAGCCACUCCUUACCUUUGCGCAUCUACUAGCACUCGCCCGAGUAUCUGGCUGUCGGGAUCCAAGAGACAAAAUCUACUCAUUACUUGGUCUGCUACCGCACGAGACUUUCAAGCUGAGACCAGAUUACGAGCAGCCGCUUGAAUUAGUCUACGGGUACGCAAUUCGAUACUGGAUCAACGAGUCUCGAACUUUGAACUGCCUUAGCUGGGUAGCCGAUGAGGCAGAUCGCCGCUUCCCGAACUUGCCUACAUGGAUAGGUGAGCUUGAGAACACCAUUAAUCAACAGGAACUUGCUUUCACGGCAAUAGUGCACGAUGCAACCGAGGGCUCAAGCAUCCAAACUGCAGUAUCACUAGCUCCUGAAAACGCCCAUGUAUUGCCUGCACGGGGCGUGAAUACAGAUCGCAUCAUUGAACUAGCUCAGACGCGAGAAGAAAAAGGCUUUGGCAUUGACUGCCGCCUAUGGGCAUCAAUGACACUACAAAUGCCCCAGAUCUACCCAUUCACAGGUCAAGCACGGGGAGAAGCACUCUUCCAGACUCUGGUGGCUGGUGAGAUCAACAACGUGCCGUUUAGUAGCAAGCGACAUUUGCCUGAGUUCACAGCCAUAGUGCGUAGAGACACUGGCUUUGCGAUCAUUCGGGAGCUACAUCGACUGAAGUGGUACUCUGCCACGAGCAACAAAGACAUGUCCUAUGACAAUUCGGCCUUGUCUUUACUGCAGGAUAUGGAUGCCCUCGCCAUGACGGAUUCUAGUAAUUUCAUAGUUUCAUGGACCGAAUUGCGCGAACUGGAGUCUAAGACUUGCACAUGUAACGCCAAUCUUACACAUGCAGAUUCUUCCCACCAGCAGCCUAGCAUCUCGCCAGACCCUGACUGCCUCUAUGUCAAGGAUACUGUGCGCAGGCUGAACGGAUUAUACCCACACUGCGAGUCAGUCAAGCCGGAUCGACCUUCUUCUCCAAUCAGUGUGCCUGAUGCACAAGGCUGGGAGCAUGGAUUCCGCAUGGCUCUAGAUCACAAGCUGCACUCUCGUCGCCUUGCACGCACUGAAAAAGGUUACUUUGCUUUGGUGCCCGCUGGAAGUGAAUUAGGGGAUGCUGUCUGGCUGUUGCAGGGAGCUAGGGUACCUUUUAUCAUGCGGAAAGCGCAGACUACUGGGUCAGAGGCCGGUGCUUCGAGUGAAAUGCUCGAGCGAUGGAAUGUGGUGGGUGAUGCAUAUGUGCAUGGCAUGAUGCAGGGCGAAGCUUGGAAGAAAGGUCUUGAAAAAGAGCUGGAGAGUAUCGAAUUAGUCUGA